AAUUAUAUCAAGAUUACAUUUCCCCCAAUUCUUGGAGAGUGAAGAGUGCUCACUUCUUCUGGGGGACUUAUGUCAGGGCGCACGUUCUUCCUGGGGGACUUUGGGGUGCGGGCGCGCAGCGCUGUGGGUGUGAAGGGCUCCCGGCUUUGGCGCGGCAGCUUUCCGGAACGGCUGGUGAGGAAGGAAGCCCUAAGGCAUUGUGUGCGGUGUUUGCAGACAGAAAUGUCUUUGGACCAGCGUUCCCAAAACUUACUUCACUUACUGUGUAAGGCUCAUAGAGGAAAUGCGGCGGUGGCCAGGUAGAAAUACGGCGCUGCGGCCAGGGGUUCGGAGGACGACGGGCUCGGCGACAGUCUUCACCUCCCAACUCCCCCCAGCCCGCUGUUGGCAGACCCAGAUCCCCGUGCCAUGGGUGCUGGGGCUCGUAUCGGUAGCGCUGUUCCCCGCUGGAGUCAUCUCUGGAAGGUUAGGAGGACACCUUCAUCUUGAACUUGACCCUGGGAGCAUCGUCGCCUGGGCAUUACUAGCUCCCUUCCCAGCUUUCUGUGGCUGACUUGUCUAAAGGAACAUUCUGGGUGCUCCCUGAGUGAAGCAGCUUCUCUUUGUGGCCGGCGGCAAGUGGCGUCUGGAGUGAGGCGAGAAGUAAGAGUGUUGAAAAUGUUGAAGGCCGUGCUGAAGAAGAGCCGAGAGGGAGGAAAGGGAAGCAAGAAGGAAACAGGAGGUGACUUUGGUCCAGAGACUUCCCCUCCUGUCCUGCCCCCUGGCCAUGGCGGCGACUUUUCAGUGAGCAGCCUUCCGGUGGCCGAGGACGCCUACAGGAUGAGCUUGGCCAAAGGUGUCUCCAUGUCUCUGCCUUCAUCACCCCUGCUGCCUCGACAGUCUCACUCCGUGCAGUCAAGAUCAACCAAAAAAUCCCCAGGUCCUGUCAGGAAGCCCAAGUAUGUGGAAAGCCCCAGAGUGCCUGGAGACGCAGUCAUAAUCCCGUUCCGAGACGUGCCCAAGCCAGCAGAGCCCAGUGAGAAUGAAGCAAAGGCUGAUAAUGAACCGAGCUGUUCGCCAGCCGCUCAAGAACUGUUGACAAGGCUGGGAUUUUUACUGGGCGAAGGGAUCCCAAGUGCCACACACAUAACCAUUGAAGAAAAAAAUGAGACCAUGUGCACAGCUCUGAGCCAAGGCAUCAGCCCUUGCUCCACACUAACAAGCAGCACCGCGUCUCCCAGCACCGAUAGCCCCUGCUCCACCUUGAAUAGCUGUGUCAGCAAGACGGCAGCCAACAAAAGUCCCUGUGAGACCAUUAGCAGCCCUGGUUCCACCCUGGAGAGCAAGGACAGUGGAAUUAUAGCCACAAUUACAAGUUCAUCCGAAAAUGAUGACCGGAGUGGCUCCAGUUUGGAAUGGAAUAAGGACGGAAGCCUAAGGUUAGGGGUACAGAAGGGAGUUCUUCAUGAUCGCAGGGCAGAUAAUUGCUCCCCAGUGGCAGAAGAGGAGCCCCCCGGGCCAGCGGAGAGCGUGCUGCCCAAAGCCGAAGCCUCAGUUGGAGAUGGUCCGGUCCCUUAUUCUCAGAGCUCCAGCUCGCUAAUAAUGCCACGGCCCAACUCCGUUGCAGCGACCAGCUCCACCAAAUUGGAAGACCUGAGUUACUUAGAUGGACAGAGAAAUGCUCCUCUCCGAACGUCAAUUAGGUUACCAUGGCACAACACGGCCGGAGGUAGGGCACAGGAAGUUAAAGCACGAUUUGCUCCCUACAAGCCACAGGACAUUUUGUUGAAGCCCCUGUUGUUUGAAGUACCGAGCAUAACCACAGACUCUGUGUUUGUGGGAAGGGAUUGGCUCUUUCACCAGAUAGAAGAAAACUUGAGGAACACAGAACUGACGGAAAACAGAGGAGCGGUGGUUGUAGGAAAUGUGGGCUUUGGGAAGACGGCCAUCAUCUCUAAGUUGGUGGCGCUCAGCUGCCAUGGAAGCCGCAUGAGGCAGAUCGCUUCCAACAGCCCCAGUUCAUCACCUAAAACUUCAGAUUCCUCCCAGGAUCCUCCUUUCACGCCGUUGCUUUCACCAAGUUCUUCUACAAGUGGUACCAGCACAGCUAAACUACCCCCUGGGCCUGGGUCGGAUACUCCGGAGAACCAGAGGCCAAGAGAGGAAGCAGUGAAGUACCUCGCGUCUAAGGUGGUGGCCUACCACUACUGCCAGGCCGACAACACCUACACGUGCCUGGUGCCCGAGUUUGUGCACAGCAUCGCAGCUCUGCUCUGCCGGUCCCAUCAGCUGGCCGCCUACCGGGAGCUGCUGAUAAAGGAGCCGCAGCUCCAGAGCAUGCUGAGCCUGAGGUCCUGCGUGCAGGACCCGGUGGCUGCCUUCAAGAGGGGAGUGCUGGAACCGCUCACCAGCCUGAGAAAUGAGCAGAAAAUUCCUGAAGAAGAAUACAUUAUUUUGAUAGACGGCUUAAAUGAAGCUGAGUUUCAUAAACCUGAUUAUGGAGAUACACUUUCUUCAUUUAUUACCAAAAUUAUUUCUAAAUUCCCUGCCUGGUUGAAGUUGAUUGUGACUGUAAGAGCAAAUUUUCAGGAAAUCAUCAGUGCGCUGCCAUUCGUCAAGCUGUCCUUAGAUGACUUUCCUGACAACAAAGACAUCCACAGCGACCUGCAUGCCUACGUCCAGCACAGGGUCCACAGCAGCCAGGACAUCCUCAGCAACAUCUCCCUGAACGGCAAGGCCGACGCCGCCCUCAUCGGGAAAGUCAGCAGCCACCUGGUGCUGCGGAGCCUCGGCUCCUACCUGUACCUCAAACUCACCUUGGACCUCUUCCAGAGGGGACACUUGGUGAUCAAGAGCGCCAGCUACAAGGUGGUGCCCGUGUCGCUGUCCGAGCUCUAUCUGCUGCAGUGCAACAUGAAGUUCAUGACCCAGGCCGCCUUUGAGAGGGCGCUGCCGAUUCUAAAUGUGGCCCUGGCGUCCCUGCACCCCAUGACGGACGAGCAGAUCUUCCAGGCGAUUAAUGCCGGCCACAUACAAGGGGAGCAGGGGUGGGAGGACUUUCAGCAGAGGAUGGAGGCCCUCUCCUGCUUCCUCAUUAAGAGGCGAGACAAAACCCGCAUGUUCUGCCACCCGUCCUUCAGGGAGUGGCUUGUUUGGAGAGCGGAUGGCGAAAACACGGCCUUCCUGUGUGAGCCCAGGAAUGGGCACGCUCUCCUGGCGUUCAUGUUCUCGCGACAGGAGGGCAAGCUGAACCGCCAGCAGACCAUGGAGCUCGGCCACCACAUCCUGAAGGCGCACAUCUUCAAGGGCCUCAGCAAGAAGACGGGCAUCUCUUCAAGCCACCUCCAAGCCCUGUGGAUCGGGUACAGCACCGAGGGGCUGUCCGCCGCCCUGGCCUCUCUCAGGAAUCUCUACACUCCCAACGUGAAGGUGAGCCGUCUCUUGAUCUUGGGAGGGGCCAACGUGAACUACAGGACUGAAGUGUUAAAUAAUGCCCCGAUCCUGUGUGUCCAGUCUCACCUCGGCCACGAGGAGGUGGUCACUCUGCUCCUGGAGUUCGGCGCCUGCCUGGAUGGAGUGUCGGAGAACGGCAUGACGGCCCUCUGCUACGCGGCGGCUGCCGGCCACAUGAGGCUGGUGUGUCUGCUGGCCAAGAAGGGGGCCAAGGUGGACCACUUGGAUAAGAAGGGCCAGUGCGCACUGGUCCACAGUGCGCUGCGGGGCCACGGCGACAUUCUCCGGUACCUGCUGACCUGCGAGUGGUCGGCUGGCCCACCCCAGCCCGGUGCGGUGAGGAAGAGCCAGGCCCUGCAGCAGGCGCUGACGGCGGCCGCCAGCAUGGGCCACAGCGCGGUGGUCCAGUGCUUGCUGGGGCUCGAAAAGGAACAUGACAUAGACGUCAGUGGCACCGACACGCUGUGGGGAGAAACAGCCCUGACGGCCGCUGCAGGACGAGGGAAGCUGGAGGUCUGCGAGCUGCUGCUGGAGCGUGGGGCUGCUGUGUCUCGCACGAACAGGAGAGGGGUCCCCCCACUGUUCUGUGCGGCACGCCAGGGGCAUUGGCAGAUCGUCAGGUUGCUGUUGGACCGCGGCUGUGACGUGAACCUCAGUGACAAGCAGGGCCGGACACCCCUCAUGGUGGCUGCCUGUGAAGGGCACUUGAGCACCGUGGAGUUUCUCCUCUCAAAAGGUGCUGCCCUUUCUUCUCUGGACAAAGAGGGUCUGUCGGCACUAAGCUGGGCUUGUCUGAAAGGUCACAGGGCCGUGGUCCAGUUCCUGGCUGAGGAAGGAGCCGAGAUCGACCAGACAGACAAGAACGGCCGCAGCCCCCUGGACCUGGCCGCCUUCUACGGCGACGCAGAGACCGUGCUGUAUCUGGUUGAGAAGGGGGCUGUGAUCGAGCACGUGGACCACAGCGGCAUGCGGCCCUUGGACAGAGCCAUCGGUUGUCGAAACACAUCGGUAGUGGUCACUCUGCUGAGAAAAGGAGCCAAAUUGGGAAAUGCUGCCUGGGCGAUGGCUACCUCCAAGCCUGACAUUUUGAUUAUACUUUUACAGAAAUUGAUGGAGGAGGGAAACGUGAUGUACAAAAAGGGGAAGAUGAAGGAGGCAGCCCAGAGGUACCAGUACGCCUUAAGGAAGUUUCCUCGGGAAGGAUUCGGAGAGGACAUGAAACCAUUCAGUGAGCUGAGAGUUUCCCUCUAUCUCAAUCUGUCUCGCUGCCGAAGGAAAACAAAUGACUUCGGCAUGGCAGAAGAAUUUGCUUCCAAGGCUCUCGAAUUGAAACCAAAGUCCUAUGAAGCCUUUUACGCCAGGGCGAGAGCGAAGAGGAGUAGCAGGCAGUUUGUGGCCGCUCUGGCCGACUUGCGGGAAGCCGUGAAACUCUGUCCCGCCAACCAGGAGAUCAGGAGGCUCCUGGCCCGCGUGGAGGAGGAGUGCAGGCAGCUCCAGAAGACCCAGCAGCAGAAGCAGCAGGGCCCCCCGCCAGCCCCACCUGCCGACUCAGACAACGAAGAGGACGCGCCCACCCCUGGUCUGAAUGACCUCAUUCACCUGGAGGAGGCAGAAGAGGAAGACUCUUCUCCACAAGAAGAAUCCGUUUCCCUCGCUCCCAGGCCCCAGCCAUCCUCAUCUGCCCCCUCCCCAUACAUCCGAAACCUUCAAGAAGGGCUGCAGUCCAAAAUCAGGCCAGUGUCCCCACAGCAUCGGCUGGGAGGCAGCAAGCCCCUGCGGGAGCCUGUGGCACAGCCGGGGCUGGUGGUGCAGCCCACCAAGCAGGCGCAGAUCGUGAAAACCAGCCAGCACCUGGGUUCUGGACAGCAGGGCGUGAGACACAGUAGCUCCAAAGUUCAGGUCUCGCCUCAGCAUCCCCCUCCGAGUCCCAUGCCAGGCAGACUCCCGGCCGCCCCCGCUGCUGGAAGCAGAAGCCAGCAUCUGGAGGGAGCAGGAGCUGCUGCUGGCCACUUUGCAGAUCGGCUGGGCCCCAGCCACAGUGCCCAGCUGCAGCACAGUGAGAGCGAUGCCGCGCAUCCCUUACCAGGCAAGGUCAAGACGGCAGAGAGGCUUCUACCUCAUGCCGCUGUGGCUGUGGAUGUAGGCCCUCUAAACCCAGCGGGGCUGGUGAGCUGCAGCGACAUGCGCCACCCAGCUUCCCUCACUGGCUCGGGCUCUUCCACUUCUCCAUCGAGCAGCAUCAAGAUGUCAAGUUCCACCAGUAGUCUGGCUUCAAGCAGCAGUUUUUCAGAUGGCUUCAAGGUCCAAGGACCAGAUGCUCGAAUUAAAGACAAGGUUGGCAGCCAGAUUCAGAGUGGCACAGCUGAGCACAGACCGCGCAAUACCCCAUUCAUGGGCAUCAUGGAUAAGACGGCCAGGUUCCAGCAGCAGGGCCAUCCUCCCAGCCGCCCCUGGCACUGCCAGGUGCCUGAGGGGCUACUGACCAACACGUCUUCUGCAGCUGGCCUGCAGUCCUCCAGCUCUGAGAAGCCCUCUCUCAAACAAGCAGGAGGAUAUAGUAGCCAGGCCAAGACCUGUUCUGGUUCUACCCUGGGUGGAGGGGUCCACAAUGGGGCACAGGUAAAGGAGCUAGACGAAAAGAAGUGCCAACUUCCAGUCCACUGUCAAGAUGGCAGGAUCACUAAGACAGUUUCUCAUCUGUAUCAGGAAAGUAUCUCUAAACAGCAGCCUCAUAUCAGCAGUGAAGCCCACCGGAGUCACCUCCCUUCAGCAAAACCAAAGCGAUCAUUCAUAGAAUCAAAUGUGUGAGCCUUAAGAGAGACCCAUUUGUAGUAUUUGGAAAACAGUGUGUUGACUCCUGGUAGUAAUUAAGUGGUUUUUCAUGACAAAUUACAUUUUAGCCAUAUAUAUUUUUCCCCCUCAGGAGUGGAUCAGAUGCUAUUGGUAAGUUAAAAAUGUGGGGUUAGAUGUCUCUGAUAGACAUAAGUCACCAGAAAUAAGAAUGCUAACCAGAAUUGAAAACUACAAUUACUUAUGCCUAUUAAGCUAAAAAUUUAAGACAACCAAGCAGACAUUAACUCAUGCUUUUCUCUUACAAAAUUGUUUGGUUUUAUCACUUUUCUCCUACUGUUUGCUAUGUGGUCAGAUCAUAUUAUUUCUUAGAGAAUGUUAAUGCCUAGUGAUAGGUUUAACUCAUGACAUGAUAGCCAGGUGAUGUGUUCUGGAAAUGAUGGAGUUUUCAAGUUACAGUUCCAUUGAGUCAGAUCUCAAUUUAUUUAUUUA